AUGGAGGCAAUGGCAAUGGGUUCUGGGGUAAGGCAAACCCAGCAAGAACUAAACGCCCUGUUUUCAGGCUCUUUGCGCUCUUUAGACGCACGAAAUGCGCAUUCAAUUGCAGCGGCGCUCCGCAGCGACAGCGUGUCAUCUUCCAUUUUGUCCACUGAACUGUUCAGGACGUGCACGCCACCAUCUCUUGUUCGCUUCUCCAUCAAUGGAGCUCCUGCAACCUGCGGCAUCAUUUUGAACACUUCUGCAGAUGUCGACCGUGACCCCGCUGCUACCCCAUCACUCUCAGGUGCGUUUUGUUGCGUCACACGGGAAAUGGUUUCGACCCUUGGAAGUAGGCUCGCUGGUGGGCACGGCGUGGAUGCCACGCGACUAAGUGGAACCGUUGCCUCACCAGACGGCCCACCUCUCCCUGCAAGCGCAAAAAACGAGGUCGGAUGA